ACCUGCUCGUCCCUUCGCUCGAAGUUCUUAGGAAUUAACAAAUCUGGAAAUCACAUUUUCCAACUGUAGCAUUACAGUGCAAUUGUUUAUUCUUAAACUUCCCAUUAAGAAAGCUAAGUUUUUGAAAUUUGGCAUCUUUGAAAAUGUUAAGAGCAACGGCUCGUGGGGCCUGGAGAAAAGUGCAGAAGAAUAAAACAAAGUCAGAAGUUCGUCAGAGAAAAAGAAACCAUUCUCAUCUUUUUCAAAAGCAAUGCGUUGCCUGUUAAAUAAACGUCUGCAAUGAUUAUAUUAAUGGUUCAUCAGUUGGAGGGGUGGGAGACCUACAUACUCAAUGGGGUUAAAAGUUGAGGGUGAAGAAGAAUGUGCAGUCCCAAGACUGAGAAGGGAGGAUUACACCCACGUUCAACAUUGCAAAGUUUUCUCCAACUGGGCGGUUAUUAUUGGGCCAUCUGAUUGGGGAGAUCAUAAUUUUGGCAAGGAGGGAUCAGAAAGAUAUAGAGUGCACAGUCUUCCUCUAAGUUGCUCUUGUCCCGGUCUUUAUGAGCUUGGGAUAGCUUCCCCUAAUUCUGUUUUAGGCAGUAAAAGGCACAAACUCAAAUGCCAAGAUGUCGUAGUUGUCUACCUUGGCCAAGCUGACAACAUUCGAACGAGGCUUCAACAUUAUGGACGAGAUGGUUCUCAUUUGGAGGGAAAAUCUUCAUUCUCCCUUACUCAAAAGUGGAAUGUAUCCUUCCAACAAUCAAAAUGUUCAUAUGAUGAACAUGUCAAGCAAGGUCCAGGAUUGUUUACAGAUAUCUUUUCCAGGGGAUUUUCAAUUACAUUUCGGUGGGCUGCUAUGAACACGAAGGCCAAAGCAGAAGAAAGUGAAGCACGCCUACUGAAAGCAUUUGACUAUGCUUGGAAUAGAGGUGGAAAUGUUGCUAGGCGGCCUGAUGAUGUGCUUCUGAAGCUGAAAAAGCUUACAUCGCCAAGCUUGCCUCGCUUACUUCUACAAAGACUCGAAGAAAUACAAUGUAUACCAUUUGAGAAGAAAGCAGGAAUAAGAAUUGAAGGGGAGAAGCCAAACAAAACAGAGAAACAGACAAUACCCACGAUCAAUUUAAAGGCAUUUUCAUUCACAAGAAAUCGCCUUCGUACAGUAAAUAAUAUAGGAGAAAACAACAUAGACACCACUGGUACAAAUAUAUGCGGUGUGGUUAAAGAGGAUGGGAGUAUCUGUACUGAUACUCCUCUUAAAAAUAGAAAACGAUGCAUUCAUCACAAGGGACAAAAGAUUACUAAAGAAAGCAAUACUACAGUAAAAAUUGGUACGAAAGUUCAAGAAAACAGGGGAGAAGUUGCGAAAAAUAAAAAUGAAUGCGGGGUAGCUCUUGUGGAUGGAUCUACCUGUAGGAAUAUACCAGAUAAAGGUAGAAAGCGUUGUGACAUACAUAAAGGAAUGCGCCUGUGCAUGCAGGCAACGUAGGCGUUUCCUCUGAAUGCAAAACUAAAACUAUCCUGGUGUACUUGGAAAAUACAGCCAAUAUAUGUGUCUUAUGCAAAGCAAAAUAACUUUUUCAGUUUAUCAAUGAAUAUUUGCUGUAUUGCCGAGAUCUUCUCACUAAGGUUUCAUUUAAUUUGUGUGGUCUGGUGGGAUACCGAGUACAAUUGUUUGAAUGAAUGAUGUUCACAUUUUACUUUCUUUUCAUGUAUGCUAUUUAUUUGAGAAUACAUUCUUUGGUCCAUUAUUAUAAA